AUGGAUGACGACGACAAUAUUGACGACGAAUAUGAAGAAUUGUUACUUGCUCAAAUAGAAGAAAAAGGUCGUGCCAACCAGAGUUCUAGAGGAGGUCAUCGUGGUUCUAUUAUGGGUCACUGUAUUGUUAAUCGUGAUCUAAUUGAGGGCCAUGAAAGACUUUGUCGUGACUACUUUGCCAAUCCUCCAAAAUAUGGGGCUCGUCUCUUUCGAAGGAGAUUCAAAAUGAAGCAAGCUCUUUUCAUGUGCAUUCAUGAUGCCGUCGUCGCGCACGAUACUUAUUUUGUUCAAAAGAGGAAUGCUGCUGGGCGACUUGGCUUGUCAUCACUUCAGAAGGUAACAGCUGCUUUUCGACAACUUGCAUAUGGUGUUCCGGCCGAUUAUGUUGAUGAGUACGUACAGACUGGGGAAAGCACCGCUAUUGAAAGUCUCAAAAAGUUCGUCACAGCAGUUGUCGAAGUGUUUGGUGAUGAGUACUUAAGGUCGCCAAAUAGUGAUGACCUUAAGAGAUUACUUGCAAUAGGUGAACGACGCGGCUUUCCUGGGAUGCUUGGAAGCAUUGAUUGUAUGCAUUGGACAUGGAAGAAUUGCCCUACUUCUUGGCAUGGUAUGUUUACUGGCCACAUUCAUGAACCCACUAUUAUUUUAGAAGCUGUAGCUUCAUAUGAUUUGUGGAUAUGGCAUGCUUUCUUUGGAUUACCUGGGUCACUUAAUGACAUCAAUGUGUUAGAGCGGUCUUAUGUAUUUAGUGGAUUGGAUGAAGGUAGUGCCCCUCAUAUUAGCUAUAAAGUCAAUGGGAGGCCAUAUGACAUGGGAUAUUAUCUUGCUGAUGGUAUAUAUCCAUCAUGGGCAACAUUAGUGAAGACUAUUCCAGCUCCACAAGAAAAUAAGCAUCGACAUUUUGCUAAAGAGCAAGAAGGGGCAAGGAAAGAUGUUGAGCACGCAUUCGGAGUGCUUCAAUCACGUUUUGCGAUUGUCCGAAACCCGGCAAGACUUUGGGAUAAGGAUAACCUAAAACAUAUUAUGAUGGCAUGCAUAAUUAUGCAUAAUAUGAUUGUCGAAGACGAGCGUGAUGAACAUGAGCGUAUUCGUAGACUAAGGAAGAUACAUGAUAUCGAAGAAGAAUAUGACCAUGUUGAUGAAAUUCCACACAUAUCACUUUCACUCGAGCGUACACCAACAAUAAUGGAGUUCAUCGCAAAUCGUCAUCGAGUUAGAGAUAAACAAAUGCAUACUCAACUCCAAGAAGAUCUUGUCGAGCACUUAUGGAAAAAACAUGGAGCCAAUUAG